AUGGAUCCAGGACAUCUUCACACGGUAGGGAAUAUACUUAUGAUUUAUGUAAAUCUUGCCUGUUAUUUCUUGAAGACACUGUUCAUUCCUCAUAUGGUUACGUCUCUGCGAGUAUCCUAGAGGUUUUGUCCUCAAAUUUUGGUACAGUCGAACCUUGUUGGAACCUUUAGCCAGACACCAUACUUUUCUUUUUCCCGCGGAAGAAUCUGAUUUUUCUAUUUUUGUCGGAUAUAAGAACGUAGACAUUUGCAGUUGGUCCGGAACAUGCAUCUAACAUUCCACUUGAUGUUCUUUCGUGUUAACCGGCAAUACAGGCGUGAUUUGGCGGGGGAAUAUACCUAAAAAGUAACGUUCUUUCCACGCCUUUCCCCGUAACGCGUGUCUCGCGCUGCACUUCGUGCAAGCCUUAAAAACGCGAAAAAAAAAAAACGCCUAUUCUGUAUGUUACUUUUGCGUCGUUAACAGAUUUCGGGCGUGAGUGACGACGGGCUUCUAGCCAGCGUGCCGCUUUGCACGACUCUGUUAGAACAUUUUCCCCCUCAUUGUCAACGGAUGAUUUCACUCCAAAGGGCGAAAAAGAACUUGGGAGAUCACUAUAUUGGUUGUGCCAACCUUUUAUUUGUUACCCCGGCGUUAAUUACAGUCGACCCCCGAUAAUUCGAACCUUCAAGGGAAAUAGGAAAAAGUUCAAGUUAUCGGGAGUUCGAGUUAUAGAGGGUUCGAGUUACUUACCGGGAUUCCACUGUAGUACUAUUUUGAGUCUGAGACAGAGUAGCUGGUGUUGGUACUCGAAAAAACCCCCUCCCUCUGAAUUCGUGAUGGUAAAAUAUGAAGGUUUGCCUGCCAACGAUUUUCUUUUGAAUUAUGCUACCUCUCUUACUAUCAUCACAGAAAAAACUAUACUGGGUAACUCAGACCUAUGUGCGUGUUUCCUCAGGAUAGUGACCCAAAAGCGUACUCUGCUGAUCGAGAAGAAGAACCGGUGGAUCCUGGGUAGGUUAUUGUCGCCAUGUACCGCACGGUAAUAUGAUGUAACCACUGUUUUUGGUUCGUUUGGUUUGUAUGUUUGGAAUUCACCUCCUCAGUCGUGCUUACCGCUUGUAAGCGGAGGUCGGUGCAGUGUAGCCUUUUCCCCCGGGUGGGAGGCAAUCAAUGGAGUCUGGUCGAGGUGUUCCAGCGAGACCUUUCAGCUGUGACCUUAUCUCAUUUCGUUUCGCAUACAGAAUUAAUCAAUUUUUUAAACUACUAUCAUGGAAUUAGAUUUGUUGCAAGAAAAAACAAUCGUUGUUACCCGCUAAUCGAUAACCUUUACUCUCUUUUACAGGCUUUAGGCCCAAAAAGACACUCUGUUCAGGAAACUAAAUAGUGAAAUUGCAUACCAUGUUUAAGACUCAGGACCUUGAAAACCAUGCCCUGUUCAGCGGUACAUAGCCGUUUAGGCCACAUAGGGGAGUGCGCCCCUCCCCCAAUAAGGUGUAACCUCUGCCCUUAGCGUGGCUUUCAUACGUCGUUGUUGCAGUUAAUCGUUAAUAGUUAUUUUCUUCUUUUCUCUCAUAAAGCUUUGACUUAUUUUUUGUUUCAAAGAUCACAACCGGAUGAUACGACAGAGGAAUCUGAAAACUACCCCCAAAAGGUGUUUCCGGUCGAAGUAAGUAUUCAACAAUGAAAGCAAAAAGCAUUUCACUGACGUAAGCAAUUUCAUCUAAUGGCAUUCGGAACAAAAUAGACUGAGACGUUUUAAAACAAUUAUAAAAUUGAUAGCCAACUAAACGGCUCAUGAAUCAGUUAGUAGCGUCAGGGGUAGGGGAAACUUAGUACCUCGUUCACAAUUUUUUGUCCAUCAAAAGCAGGCCCAGGUAAUUUUGCAUACAAAGUAGAUGUGUGAUGAUGUUUUGAGAAAUUUAAAUGGCUACUUGAGAACUUUAGCUAAGUAGCUUAUUUUCAAUACAACGAACUCGUAUAAUUAUAAGGAAAUACUGGUAAAGUAAAUUUACGUUAAAUGAGAAAUGUCUUUAUAUAUGUCCGAAGGUAAAUGUCACGACUCAACGGUUUUGUAUUUAACGGUAUGUUUUUUAUUACUUUCUUAAAUCAGUAAAAUGUCAGGUUCCUCUCAAUUGGCCCCUGUCUUUAAAUUUAGAAACAACUGAGUUCCUAGUCAUUUAUUAAACAUUAUUAAAUAAAAUAAAUCAGUCCACAUCCCUUAGAGUAUGAUAUUAAUAAUUAUAUUUAUAUAUAUAUAUAUUAAUUUAGUAUUAAAUAUUUAAUUUUAUGUAGGAAGCAUCGCAAUGUACAGAGAACGGAAAGCCCGUGCAUGAGUGUACUGAAGAAACACUUGAACCUCGUCUGGUCGUAUAGUGAGUUGAUCGUUUAUCGUCAUCGCCGUUAUCUUCUUUCACCCGUUUCUAGCCUGCGUAGCAUUAGCGUUUCCGUGCAGUUUUGGAGCAAAGAACGAGGAACGACACUCCAUUUCUCGCGCGGUCAAAACCAUAAAUCCCGUUCCUCAGUCUUCCUUUGCUCUGAAACCAAACGGAAACGCUUGCUACGCAGGCUAAACCGUUUCCAUCGUGAUCAACUUAUUUCAAUUGGAUAAUUAUGCAAGUGUUACACCUAAAGUUCCAGAAGCUACAACAAUCAACGAUAAAAUACUUAUGAGCUUUAAGAUUUUGAAUAUUUUUUUCACCAUCAUGAACCCGCGCAAAGAAUUUUACUGGGAGAUGCUAGGACGUCGACCUUGUCGCACUGCUUUAAACACAUUGUCACUCAACUCCUUUGAUGUUACCAUUCAAAUAAAACCCCUUUGACAGAACGUUUGCACAGUGCUUAGGAUAUAUUUCGCAAAAAUAAGUUUGCCGGUGCAUAUUUUUCUUUUGCCACCGGCUAUCAUAGAUCUCGAAGUGACACUGAAAUUGCGCCGUUCCUCCUUGCCCCUAGCUUCUAAUUCAGACACCAUUGUUUGAGAUUGCUAAAUUUUAUAUCCAUUUUAUCAAUGAAAACUUGAUAUGAGUAGCCUCAAAAAAGAAAAAAUUAGGUGAGCCCUAGUACUUCUAAUAAGCCCCCAGUCUAAAAGUAGUGACAAAAAUCCUGUAAGGGGUAAGGUAAAUACGGUAGCCCAUUGAUUUUCUUGAAAUAUGAAAUAACUAGCAAUUUGUUCUUUGCAGUGGAACGCGAAGUGCAUGGUCAACAGGGAACGGUCACAGUCAAAGCCACGCUGAGAGACAAGUAAGGCUUUUCCAGUAGCUAUUUUUACACUUAUAGGUCAGUCUGUCAUUCGUGUUUGCUCCUGUGAACUGUGUUAGCUACUGAGUCAGGCGGAGGAUAAAGACAAGUCAAACAACACGUAUAGGGCAAAAGGGCUUCUAGGUACGCCCAGUUUAUAAAAUGGGUAGAUUUCUCGGUCGAAACCCAGUAACCCAGCGGGCGUUGCGUGAUCCACAAAGCAUGUUUGUCCAUCUUCUCAGAUUCUGUUUAAAGAUUGUUUAAUGCAUGGAACGCACGCCUUUUUGGAGGUCUAAAUUUUUUAAUGAGAAUGAGACUUGAAAAGCAGUGCAACUUGCUAGUGAACGACUUCUAAAACGUCUGAUGUAGAUCUAUUCCAAAAAAAUUCUCUGAAGUUUUUAUUAUCUGCUUCAAGAAUGUCGGAGCUAAGAACUCAGCUGUGUUUAUAAGCUGCAUAGUGACAUAUCUUAAUAUACUUUUUUUUAAACGAUUUCAAUCGGUUUCUAAAGUUAUCUUCUCUUCUCUAGGUCAGGCUGAGGGUACAUCCCCUCCCACCCCUUGGGUUUUACUUUGCAUGUAUUUUUUGGGGGGACAUUUCCCUUGCAGUUUUAUUUUGUUUUUUUCCCCCACCACCAGCCACCCCCCCCCCCCCCCCUCCUUAAUCACUUUUCAAGUGGUCCGUUCCUUAAUCAUCUAUUGAUCUAUUCUCAGUUGAAUAAAGGCUUUUCUCUUAUAAGGUGUUAGCUGCUUGCUGUCUGGUCUGGUUAACCUUUUCUUUUUUUCACGAAGUACAAUACUUCUGUAAAGGCCCUUCUCAGUUAAAACUGCGAUCUAUCGAAGCCGAAACUCUUGUUUGUUGUGACAGUCUUUUAUUAUUUAACAGUGCUAAAAAUAUAUCCUAACAUUAACGUUAGUAAAUACUUGGGACUUAUUUCCUUUUUCAUCUCUCCUUUUAUUUUUCGUUUAAGGUGGAUGAAGGCAUUGAUCGACAGGCAGAGAGUUUAUUUUUCUUGACGUUGCUGCUGUUUAUCUUGCUACGAAACGAAGCCCCCGCUUAUUCCGAGGAGUUGUUUGCGAAUCCAGCUGAUGUCCUGUGAAUUAAAAAAAGAACUUGAAUCGUUCAUAGGAUAUGACUUUUGG